AUGACGGGGGAAUUCCAAGUUAAAGACGACCAGCUGUUGAGAUAUUUUCACAAAGCUAGCACAAUGGCCAGGAAUUUCCAACCUUUCGUUAUCAAGCACAUCCCGCGAGAAGAGAACUCCCGGGCGGACAUGCUAUCGAAGCUUAGCACCGGUAGGGAGAAAGGGCAACUGACUACUGUCAUCCGACAAGUCUUGACGGAGCCGUCGGUGGAGUGCAUGGCGUUGGGAGCACCUGCCAACAAUGAUUGGCGGGCCGAAAUUAUAAAGCUGAUGGCGGACCAGGAUCAAGGGGUUAGCUUGAGACUGACAGAGGCCAGACGGCUGGCCCGCUACGUCACUAUAGGAGGCGACCUGUACCGAAGAGGAUUCUCUGUCCCCUUGCUGAAAUGCAUAAGUCCAGACCAGGCAGCAUAUGUGUUGGACGAACUCCACAAUGGGAUUUGCGGCCUGCACACGGGAGCGAGGAUGUUACGGGCGAGGGCCCUCAGGGCCGGAUAUUAUUGGCCCACGAUGGAGAGCGACGCCAAAGCGUUCACAGCAAAGUGCGAACGGUGCCAAGCCCACGCAAACAUACCGCAUGCCCCCCCCGCUGAGUUGCGAACUAUUGUAUCGCCAUGGCCGUUCGCCAAGUGGGGGAUGGACAUCGCGGUCGUAACUGAUAAUGGCCGGCAGUUCAUCGAUAAAAAAUUGGAAUCGUUCUUUCAAGGACUAGGAAUCAAGCAUGUCACCAAUUCGGUUGAACACCCCCAGACGAACGGCCAAGCGGAGGCGGCUAACAAGGCGAUUGUGGCCGAGCUUAAAAGGCGAUUGGGCGACAGAAAGGGAACCUGGGUAGAUGAAUUGUUGGAGGUCUUGUGGGCGUACCGUUGCUCCCCGCACAGGACUACCGGGGAAUCCCCGUUCAACUUAACUUAUGGGACUGACGCCAUGUUGCCGGUGGAACUGGGGGAACCGUCGCUACGAAGGCAAAUCCAGGACUUGCAGCUAAACGAGGAGGAAUUGAGGGUCGAGCUGGACUCCGUAGAAGAACGUCGGGAUCGCGCCGUGUUGCACGCGGAGGCCUGUCGGCGGUUGGUGGAGCGGCGGUACAAUACUAAGGUGCGACCAAGGCAUUUCCAAGAGGGCGAUUUAGUAUGGAGAAAAACUGGAGAUGCCAGGAAAGAGCAGGCGCACGGAAAAUUUGCGGCGAAAUGGGACGGCCCAUUUCGGGUGCUAGAAGAUUUACAAAAUGGAGCUUACCGCCUUUCCGCCCCAGGCGGUCGGCCUCUACGAAAUACUUGGAACGCCUCUCACUUGAAGUUUUAUUUCAGUUAA